AUGAUGGAUUUAUCAGCUGCGUUACAAGAGCAAGAACUUCAGGAGAUGAAGAUCUUCAGUCAAACAGAGACAUCUGGUUCAAGAGCAAUGGCCAGCUGGAGAAAGAAACACAGGAAGAGACUACAAGGCACAGACAGCAGUGAGGUGUGGGAUGAAGAUGUGACUGAAUGGUGGGGAGAAUGGAGUUCAUGGUCCACGUGCUCUCGAACCUGUGGAGGGGGAGUAAUGUCUCGAGAAAGGCACUGCUUACGUCAGAGACUCCAAACAGUUGCUGGACAGGAUAACACUGUAUGUGGAGGUCAGGCCAGGCAAUAUCAGCUGUGUCAGAAACAGUUUUGUCCUUCUGGAUCUGCAAGCUUCAAACAGUAUCAGUGCUCUGCCUUCAAUGCUAAGGCCUUUGGGAAACUGUAUCACCGUUGGGUACCACUAUAUCCAGAUGACUACACCAGCAUUUCCAGCAAGCCGUGUGAUCUUCAGUGCACCAGUACCACCAGAGAGAGACAACUACUGGUACCAGCCCAUGAUGGAACAAGCUGUAGAGACCGGACACAUCAGGGAGUUUGUAUCAACGGCAAAUGUGAGCCAGUAGGAUGUGAUGGAAAGCUGUAUUCAUCCAGGUCCCUGGACAGAUGUGGUGUUUGCGGUGGUGAUGGAAGUACAUGCUAUAGGGUUUCGGGAAGCUUUAGGAAAUGUGUCUUGGGUUAUGCACUUAUUACAACAAUUCCUGCCGGGGCGUUUGACAUUCUUAUCACAGAAAAGAGAAACACUGAAAAUAUUCUAGCUCUUGCAGACUCUGCUGGAAAUUUCUACAUUAAUGGAAACAUGAUGAUGGACAAUCCUCAGAACUUUCGCGUUGCAGGGACCUUGGUCAAGUAUCGACGACCUUCAAAUGUACACAGUGAGGGACUGGAAUACCUAACUACACCAGGGCCAACCAACCAGUCCCUCAGUGUCAUGUAUUAUAACUUCAAUGGAAAGAGUCCACACAUUACAUAUGAAUACACGGUACCUCGUGCCCCAGAAGCACCCCUACCUCUUCUUUCCGAACCAAUACAGUCUGCUGCUCAGUCUCCAAGUAAUAUACAAAGUGGAGCUCAGGGAGAGUCUGAGAGCAAUCUGCCUGAGUCUACUGACACUUUUAACUGGGGGAACACUGAGGACACAGAAAGAUCAUUUGUACAUCAAGACGGAGCUGUGAAAGAACAAGAGAUAGCAGAAGACCAAACAGACGGCCUCCAGACCAGCACAGAUGCUCCUCAGGGAUUACUGCAGAGUGAAUUAUGGAGACUUUGUGAUCAACACAGCCACUCUGCUCUCUGCCAGUCUCUCUUUGGUGGCAGUCCUGGGGGUCCAACCCUUGCAGAGUCCACACAGGAAGCAGAACAACUCAGGGACAGCCUGAUGUUGCCAGCUGCUUAUGAACAUCUUGGAUCAGUUCCCAUGACAGAGCCGCUCCAAGCUCCCGGGUUCAGCAGUGAUUUGCUAUCAAGUCAUGAUAUCAGCCGGGCCGAUAUGUAUCGCUGGAAACUUUCUGCCUAUUCACCAUGCAGCUCCACUUGCAGCUCAGGUCUCAGUUCUGCAUAUGCCUUAUGCAUCCGUUAUGAUGGAAGGGAAGUAGACGAGUCACACUGCGAUCCAUUGACAAGGCCAGAACCUACUCAGGAAUUCUGUAUAGGACGAGAGUGUAUGCCACGAUGGGAGUCAAGUGGUUGGAGUGAGUGCUCAAGAACCUGUGGUCAAGGAGUCCAAGUACGCUCGGUUCGUUGCUGGAAGAUGCUUGCUCCGGGGCUUGACAGUUCUGUCUAUGAUGAGCAAUGUGAAGGUGCCCAACUAGCAAGACCACCCCAGAAGAAAGCAUGUAAGAAUAAACCAUGUGGACCUCAAUGGGAGGUCUCAGACUGGACAGAGUGUUCUGCUGCCUGUGGAACUGAGGGAGUAAUGAAGAGAGAAGUGAAGUGCUCGGCAGAAUCCAACCAGUGUGAUGAAAGCAUCAAGCCUCCAAGUGAGAAGCCCUGCCUGGGCCCACCCUGUGAUCAUCACUGGACAACAACCGAAUGGGGGCCGUGCAGUAAGACGUGUGGAUCAGGACACCAGCUUAGAGAUGUGAAGUGUUAUCAAGGAGAAGAACUGAGCCAGGGAUGUGACCAGUCUGCUAAACCAGAGAGUGGACAGGUCUGCAAUAUUAACCAAUGUCCCACCGAGGCCCCUGAUGAAACCUGUGAAGACAAGGCAACCGCUAACUGUUCCCUGGUGUUAAAGGUGAAGCUUUGCUCGCACUGGUAUUACCGGAAGGCCUGCUGCCGAGCCUGCGGGGGACAAACCUCCUGACUGGGUUUUCUUGAAGUGUUUGUCCCUUAUUUUUGUGAAUUCUGUACAUUAUGGAUGAUGCCAGGUGCUCCUAUUGCGAUAACCCUGCUGCCAUACUUUGAGGUGUAUUAGAUGGUAGUACAAGGUGUGUUUGGCAGAAGUUAUUUUUUUACCUCUUCAUUUAUAUAAAAAAAUAUAAAUAAUGGUGCGCAGUCAUCAACCUGCUGUUAUGUGAAUACGAGGCUUCUAUUGCACUAGAUCUUCCCUACCUGUGUAUCUUCAUCUCCCUGUGUGCUGGAGCUCAGGAGACUCAUAGAUUGCCCGUGUCAGCCCUGUACCCCAAGGGAGUCAAUAAGCAGCUGCAUUAUCUUUCUGACAUUGAAGGUGCUAUUUUAAAGGACAAAUACUAUAUUCACAUAUUAUUUUUAUUGCAUAUUACUAUGGGCAUUAUAUUAUAGCAGGCACAAAGACAUCUUGCAUUUCUAGUCAGUUUCUGUGGCCAGUGUGCUUAUUAGUGUUCCCUAGUGCAUCCCAUUCUGUUCUGUAUUGGAUGGAGACAGAGGCUAGAAUUGACCGGGCCUUGUGAGAUCAUGUAGAACUCACGUAGACUGGCCCUUCAGAGGAACGAAAAAACAUCUUUGGCUUUUCCUUCUCUGUCCUCUUCUGCAUUAUGGAGACCAGUGGUCUCUAUGUGAGUAUCAGCUCCCUUCCAGGUCCCCUUUUGGGAGACUAACUGAAAAUAAGAAUGGUUGUGAAGAAUCUGUGUAGCAAUUCUUAACUAAGCAACCACGGAAUAGCCAAA